CGAACUAGGUUUUUCUGUUGAAAAACAUUGACAACGUACGUCUUAUUUUUCCGAGGGAAAAUGACUCUUUGUCUGACUGGAAAGACAGCUCUUGUAACGGGAUCCACUGGAAAGCUAGGUAGAACUGUUAUCAAGGAUUUAGUCCAAGCCGGAUGUUUCAUUAUAGCAACAGACCGUGUCCCUAGAUAUUCUGUUGAUGAUCUCUUCGAGGAAAUGAAUGCUGUAUCUGGUGAAAAUAUGACGUACAUAUCUUGUGACCUGGCAUCAACAGAGGAUAUCGAAAAGAUGUUCAGGGAAAUAGACAAAGAGCGUCCCGAUGGCGUUGAUAUUUUUGUAAACAUUGCAGCAUCAUUUUGUUUUGGGUCCCUUGUAGAAGACAUAACUCUGGAACAGUGGUCUAGGGAGAUUUCAAUUAAUCUCACAUCGGCAUUCAUGAUUACACAAUAUAUUAUUUCCAAAAUGAAAGAUAAAGGUUGGGGACGGGUCAUAUACGUUUCCUCCCAGCUUGGAUUAACAGCCAUACCGAAAGCGGCAGCUUAUAUAACCUCCAAGGCCGGACUCCUGGGUCUCACACGGGCGGUAGCUGUGGAAGUAGCCGACAAAGGGGUGACGGUCAAUGCUGUGUGUCCAGGCCCAAUGGAGACUGGAUUUGUUGAUGAUGUUGUCAAGACUCAUGCAGUUGAUAGGAAUAUAUCAAUUCAAGAUGCUAAGCAACUAGUACAGACAUACCUGCCCACUAAGCGUUUUUCUAGUGCCACGCAAAUAUCAUCAUUCAUUUUAUACCUGUGUUCACCUGGAGCAGACAACAUGACUGGAACGUCUACUUCAAUGGAUGGAGGUGUGAAUGCUAUGUGAAAAUGACUACAUUUCAUCAACACUUUUUAAAGAUAAUUUCCGGUGAAUUACAUUGACUUUCAAUUUUAAAAAUAUCAAUGCUCACAAAUCCUAUGAUGCGUUUUAUGAGGAAGUGACUUUCGUACAUUUAAUGUAUAUAUUCUUUUAGGACGAUGAAUUUUGGAGUUGAUGCUAUAGUGGAAACAAAUCAUUUCAUUGUUUAAGGAUAAUUGUCUUGUAAUGAGUGAAUGAAAAAAAAACCCUGCACAUUUUUGAAAGAUUUGAA